AUGGAAAUCGAGCUACCUAAACGCAUAGCUGAAGCCGGAGUUGAAACUUGUAUUGAAAAGAUCAACAACACGUGUAGGCUUACAAUCCUGCAGAUAGUGAAAGAAGCUCUUAAGGAUGAGUAUGAUGUUGUUUUGAAAGAUCCUGUCUUCAUCCAAUUUUGGCUAUCAAUGAGCAUCAGUUUGGAUACUCGGGUAAGGUUAUUCACAGCUUUGUAUGCAAACUACUCAACAUUUCCAAGAAUCAUGAGUUAUGGUUUCUCUUUGCUAUGA